CCAUUUGUCUAUCAUGGUACUUUUGACAAUGGGGAGAUAGAUUCUGGCCUGCUAUGUUAGCCAUUCUCAUUCAUAUCCGUUAGCAGAGAAAAGCCACUGAUUCGGCAAUGUUUCUUUUUGUUGUGUAGCAUGACUAAUAUUCACUUAACUACCCAAGCAGUGCUCCUUUUGUGGUUUAGGGGAGCUCCAUUUUAUCAUUACUAUACUACACUGAUAUACCACUAAACUGUAACAUGUAAAAACCUAUAUGCUGUUAAGUUAGUAUAUUGUCAUUUCAUGGCUCAUCUCAUUUUGUGUGCUUUUGAUGUUAACUUGCAGCAAUAUCCAAGAGUAUAUUUGACAAAUUCUGGUUCCCAUCCAACUCUAGUUAUAGUUAAAGAGUCAUGGUCACCAUUUCUCCUUGGCAACAAUGUAGCUUCUGGUGAGCUUGGGAGAAACACCAGUCGCUCAGAUCACCUCUUUGAUUCUUUGAGAUUUUCUUUGUUGACCGAAGCUAUGGUUGAAGCAUCGAAUGACACAGGUGCUAAUAAUGGGCUUAAGCAUAUAGAGAACAUGGUGCUGUUCCAAUAUCUCGUUCUCACACUUGAGGCUGAUUUUGUACCUCGUCAUAUUGCAUAUAAAGAGUCAUUAGACUGGGUGAUUAUCAGGGAAUCUGUUUUAAGCGUGCUUCUGGGAUCGCGAAAACUGGUAUUCAAAAUGUUUGUCAAGAACUGCAUAUCCCUUCUGAACCAACAUCAGCGGGAAGUUGAAGAUGACAUAUCUUCUAAAUCAGCAUCUGAUUUAGAUUCUUCCUUAACCUUUUCAUUGCUUGAGUUUGAAAGAGAAGCGCUUAUAUCCGUGAAAAAACUUUUCAUUAUGGUUAUAAACCUUGACUUGAUUAGGAAAGAAGCAGACAAAUUGGGCCUGACUUCAAGGGCUGAUGGCCUCAGGAAUCCUAUCCUGGAAGUUAUUCUAGAGGAGCUAACUUACAACACAAUCUACUUAUCCCCAUUUCUUUUGGCCUUCACGGAGUGGAAGUGGAAAUUGCAGAUUAUCCUGCUGUACUUCUCAAGAUAUCAAGUUAAGUCUGCAGUCCGUACUCGGAGGUCAGAUAAUUCUCAACAAGAUUUGACAGUGGAAAGCGCUCUGAGUAUGUUUUCAUCAGAAGCAAGCGCAAAGGCCAUGGUUAAGAUGAUGUGUCCAGAAGUUGCUCAGCUUCUCUUAGCACAUGCAUACCAGGUCUGCCUAUCCGUUGAUGGUGAUUCUAGCGAAGCUAAUGAUGCAGCAAAAAUGAUGGGAGCGUCUCUUCUCGAGAUAUCUUGCAAGUUUGUGUUGGCUUUCCAGAAUCUGAGAAAAAUCAACACGAACAUUCAGAUUUCACAGUUUGAGAAAGAAGCUUUGUUCACUGCAGCAACGCUGACAAGAAAACUGCAGAACGGGUGAAGAUUGGAGACUUGGAAGUAUUCAUUUUGGAUUUUGGAGACUUGGAAGCGAUGGGAUCAAAUGGUUUAUCUUAAGAGAACGAUGGAUCUUUGUCUCGUCUAUUGCACGGCAAAGUAUGUUACCUGUGUAUAUAUAUUUCGGUUAUCUAUUUCCUCUGUAGUAGAGUAUCCGACCCUGACGUAAAGAACUGAAGCAUCUGGGUUGCUCAUCCCAGGGCAGAUAUCAAAUUCACUUGGUUUUCUGCUCGGCAAAUAUGUACUAAAGAAUGCUGGUUUCGUCUUACUCCCUUUGUUUCAAAUUACUUGUCGCAGGUAUGGAUGUAUUUAGAUGUAUUUUAGUUCUAGAUACAUCCAUUUCUGCGACGAGUAAUUUGGAACGGAGGGAGUAGAUGGUAACCAAGCAAACCAGCCCGGGUGUACUAGAAGAGGCUGAAAUCUAGGGCCUUGUUGUUAGCCCUGAGAGCAAUGCUAAUCUUGUUGUCCUCCGUACCUAAAUACAAGUCUUUUUAGAGAUUUCAAUGUGAA